UUGAAAGGAUGGAGAAGAAUGGAGGAAAACCACAUGAGCAGCAUUAUGGGCUGGUUUCGUCAGCGCUUUGGAAAACAAAGAAAUGAUUUGGACCAAGUCCAACCAGGUAAAUGUUCUCAGACGUGCCCCUCCGGACACUCCAACACCAGCAGCUCCUCCUCUUCCUCCUCCUCUUCCUCCAUUUCAGCCAAGCCGUCAGCCUCAGAUCAGCCUCUGCCCUCCGUGCUCUCCUCCCCCUUCCGCUCCUCUCUCAGAUAUGAUGUUUUCGUGUGUCACAAUGAUGAGGACAGUGAUCUAGCACAGAGUCUGGCCUCGUUCCUAGAGGCCCCGUCUAACGGUCUGCGCUGUUACCUGCAGGAGCGGGACUGUCCCGCAGGAGGCGCUGUGUCCACUGAGCUGCUGCAGGCCGUGCAGGACAGUCACUGCUGGCUGUUACUCGUCACUCCAAACUUUGUGAAGGAUGACUGGUGCUCGUAUCAGAUGCACCAGGUCCUGUCUGAAGGGCCCAUGUCACAGAGGAUCAUCCCGGCUGUAGUAAACAUGCCCAGAUCACAGCUCCCGCUCGAACUGCGCUUCCUUUUUACUGUGGAUCUGAACACGAACAAAGAAUUCGGCUACACUCUAGUCUACAAGACGGUACUUCAUUAUUUGAAGGACAUGUCUGAGAAGGAAAAGCCCAGCAGUGCGUCUCAGUCUGACGGCUGAGAACAGACUACCAAC